AUGACAGUACCUAACUCAUGGAGUGUUGCUGUGAGUGCUGAAUAUAGUAAUACAAAUGUUGGAGGAGCUCAACUGUUGGCAACAGGAGAGUCUGCUGUCCCUGAAACCGAUGCCAAAUAUGCCAUCAUCGGGACUGUGCUGGGAGUCAUCAUAACUGUUGGCUUCCUGGCCCUGAAGAUCUGCAUGAUCCGCAAGCACAUGUUUGAUAAUGACUCCUCAGACACCAUGGUGCUAAAGAGGAACUCUCAGAGACAGCUACAAGUCUUGCACUUCAUUUCCUUCACACAUCUACUCCAAAGCCACUUCAUUUUAGGUGGUCUGUUUAAAAUACCUCCCAAAAAAAUCCGAAGAAAAACAACAGUUGCCAUCCAAGAUGCCCAGGAUCUCACUCAAGAUACUACAUUAUAUUUAGUAGUCAUGUUUCUCAGCCUGUGCCAGUUUUUCAGAUUUUUCCUUGUUUUUGAUGACAUUUUUGAGGCUUACUGGUCAGGAAUUUUGUUGGGAAUUGUCUGA